CAACACGGAAGUUCCCUCUGGGUGAGACUCUGGAGAGCCCUGAGUAAUCUGACAGGGCCAAGAUGAGCCGACGGUCCAAGCCAGCAGCCCGAGGGCAGACGGAAAAUGUGCCUUCCUAUCUCCUUGAGGACCACGAGAACCAGCAAAUGUUCGAUCUCUUGGGAAGGAAAUGCAUGACCAUGGCCACCACAGUGGCUCAACUGUUGCUGGCCGUGCCGCAAGGCAGCAGAAACUGGUCCAAGCAAGGCGCUGGCAUCCUGUGCUUUGUGAAGGAUAACCCAAGACGUUCAUACUUCAUGCGCCUCUACGAUCUUAAGGAUAAAAAGAUGAUCUGGGAGCAAGAACUGUAUAAUCAGCUGGUUUACACUGCUUCCACUUCCUAUUUCCACACUUUUCCAGGAGAUGAUUGCACGGUUGGGCUAAACUUUGCUGAUGAAAAGGAGGCAUAUGCUUUUCAACAAAUGGUGGAUGAGAAGAUCCAGAAGAGGAACCAGAGGAUGGAAUCCAGGCAGCUGCCACCACCGCCACCUCCGGUCAAUGGAGACAGAAGAACCGGUCUUCUUCGUUCAUCAGCUGGAGUGGACUCAACUGGACCUGGAACACAGUCAAACUCCCUUUCGCCUGCUCUCCCUCUGGCAACUGUGAACAUCCAGAAUCCAGACAUCACAUUUUCUCGCUACCGAGGACUCCCUGUUCCCACCGCAGUGGAUAAAAAGAAGGGGAAAAAGAAGAUUUCUAAAGCUGACAUAGGAGCUCCGAGUGGGUUCAAGCAUAUCCAGCACAUUGGAUGGGAUCCCAACAGUGGAUUUGACGUACGUAAAUGGAGGGGUUCAUCACUGCAUUUGGAAGAAGGAGGUAUCAGGAAGGGAAUUUUCACCUCACCUCUCCCCACCUCUGGAGGCCUUAGUUCUCUGGGGGCUUCCCCUGCUCCUGCUCCCUCCAUGGGACGUGGAGCGUUACUGGAUCAGAUACGACAAGGAAUUCAACUCAACAAGACACCUGAUGUGUUGGAAUCACCACCACCUGCAGAGAGCUCUGAAGGCCUGGUGGGGGCUCUUAUGCAUGUGAUGCAGAAGAGGAGCAAAGUCAUUCACUCCUCAGAUGAAGAUGAAGACAACGGAGAGGAAGACGAGGACGAUGAGUGGGAUGACUGAGUCCAGAAGGACAUUUGGCAGAGAGACAACCCUUCCUACCAACCUGUUGCCAUUUGAAUGGCUGUGGACAUUUUUAUGUAGUUAGGCUGCUCUGUAGUUAUUGUCCCCUCACAAUCUGUGCAGACUCUUCUGGAAUCCCAUAAGAGAAGGGUCGAAACUCUGUUUUUGGGUAAGCAGUCAAAGGCUAUUCUUUUCCCAUCCCCCCCUCCAUCAUUAUUUUUGGUGCAAGGAGAAUUCUCACUCCCUUACUCUCACCUGUGCAUCUGAAUGCCUUUGAUAGUCUUAGAGAGUGGUAAUCCUACCUCUUUCCCACCCUCAGCCUUGACAAUGCCAUUCUAAUCACCUGUAUUCUAUUUUCUCAGAGGUGUAUCAUCUUUCACCCCACCCCCUCAUCAUCCCUUCCUUUUCCCAUACCAUCUAAUCAUGUUUUCCCCCUAAGCAGGUCCCCUUUUGAGGCCAACAUAUAGGUGUGCGUAGGAUAGGAAUGUAAGCAAGCCCUCUUUCUUAUAGCCUUGUCAUUUGGUUCUGAAGUCUUAUUCUGGGUUUUUUUUUCUGCACACAUUACUGAAUGAUGUUUUCUUCUGCAUCGUGCAGGUUACCAUUGAUAAACUUUAAGACAAUUUUCUUUGCUACCCUGCAAAUGUGGCACACAGACUUUCUCCGAGUGUAAUGGCAGGAGCCUAAGGCUCAUCCUGUCCAACAUUUGUUCUGCCUUAAGGUUUGGGUCCUGCAUGGAUUUAUGUAGCUGUCCCUCCAAUAUCCACACAAUGUUUUGCUUAUACAAACUACCGUGGAUCUUCUCCUGUGACUUUUCUGCCUCUUUGUGUUCAGUCUGGUGUGUCGAUUUUUUCUUUUCUCUCUUUUUAAAAUUUAUUUUUAGUAGUGGUAUGUUUGGCAUUAUUUUGUACCACUAUUGUAUGGUGGGAUCAAAUAUAUUAGUCCCUUUGGUCUAGAUGGACGGGGUAUAAAACUAAUAAAAUAAAUGAAUAAACAAAUAAAUAC